AUGUCUGAGCGGGGGAAUAUAUCUGAAGAGACGAUUACAGCGCUCGACAAAACUGUUUCAUUCGUUCAAGAUGAAGCUGAUGAAGCAGAACGAGAUGCUGAGAUCACAGCUCUUGCAAGAAAGCUUACCGCUCAGUCGAAAGUCCAAGAUAAAUCCCGAAUUCAUGAUAAUCCAUUCAACGCACCUCCUGGUUCAAAAUUAGAUGCAAACUCUGAGAACUUCCAACCGCGGGCGUGGGCUGAGGCGUUACUCCAAUUGAAGUCUAGAGAUCCCGAGACACAUCCAAACAGAACGGCUGGGAUAUCUUUUCGCAACCUUAAUGUUCAUGGCUUCGGCAAUCUGACAGACUAUCAGAAAAGUGUCGGUAACGUUUGGCUGGAGGUCACAGGACUGGUUCGAAAGUUGACCCGAACUGAAAACCUGCGCAAAAUCGAAAUUCUGCGCGAUUUUGAUGGAUUGGUGAAGAGUGGGGAGAUGCUUGUUGUUCUGGGACCUCCAGGUUCAGGCUGCUCGACACUUCUCAAGACAAUCGCAGGAGAAAUUCAUGGUAUCUAUGUUGCCGAUGGAUCGGAGUUGAAUUACCAAGGUAUCAGUGCCAAAGACAUGAAAUCUCAAUUUCGAGGUGAAGCAAUCUACACUGCCGAGGUCGAUGUUCAUUUCCCUAUGCUCAGUGUUGGUGACACCCUCACCUUUGCAGCACUGGCUCGAGCGCCACGAGUCAUUCCAGGAGGCGUUGAUAGAUGGACCUAUGCAGUUCACAUGAGAGACGUAAUGAUGGCAAUGUUUGCAAUCCGCGACACAAUCAACACUCGUGUCGGCGACGAUUUUACUCGCGGAGUGAGCGGAGGUCAGCGAAAGAGGGUCAGUAUCGCUGAAGCUGCACUUAGUGGAGCUCCACUGCAAUGCUGGGAUAACAGCACGCGUGGACUUGAUUCAGCCAACGCGAUUGAGUUCUGUAAGACUUUAUGCCAAUCGACCGACCUCAUGGGAGCUACUGCUUGUGUUGCCAUUUACCAAGCACCUCAAGCCGCAUACGAGAUCUUCGAUAAAGUGACAGUCCUCUACGAUGGCCAUCAGAUAUGUUUCGGGUCAACGAAGGACGGAAAGAGAUAUUUCGAAAAUCUGGGUUUCCAGUGCCCUGACCGACAAACAGAUGGUGACUUUUUGACAUCUAUGACAAGUCCCGCUGAGACUGUUAUUCGAUCUGGUUGGGAACACAAAGUGCCAAAGACCGCCCUGGAAUUCUCGGCAAUCUGGAAAGCAAGCCCUGAACGUGCGCAACUUCUGCGAGAGAUCGAUGAAUACAAUCGGCACUAUCCUGUUGGAGGCGAGUACCUCGAAAAGUUCCAGCUUUCAAGAAAGGCCGAACAGUCCAAGAGACAACGAACCAAUACUCUGGACUACGUUCAGCAGGUCAAACUGUGCCUGUGGCGUGGCUUUCGUAGACUGAAGGGAGAUCCUAGUCUUACUCUCACACAGCUCAUCAGCAACUUCAUCAUGUCGGUCGUGGUUGGAAGUAAAUUCUACAAUCUGUCGAAUGACAGCUCAAGCUUCUUCUCUCGAGGAUCUCUACUCUUUUUUGCAACCCUGAUUAACGCCAUCGCAAGUUCCUUGGAAAUAAGAGAAAUUUAUGAGACCAUGAUGAUGAAGCUUGGCUAA